GACUAUUAAAAUAAGCGUUUGUGGCAGCAGUAUUGGAGACGAAACCCCCGUUUUGCAUCAUUUCAUCAUGUGAGGAGGGCUACUUCAGCAUUAAAGACGACACAGGCAGAGAGCAACAUUUACAGGAAGAGCAGCUCAAGAAGCACACAGAGCGAGACAGCACUAAACGUUUACCAGGAUGGAGCUGAACCAGACCCAGAACUUCUCCUGCGCCAGCCCCUCGGUGGAGGGCUACCGGUACUUCGCCGUGCUGUGGGGCUGCGCCGUGACCGUCACCGGGACGGCGGGGAACCUGAUGACCGUCCUGGCCUUCUGCCUGGACUCGCGGCUGCGCACGCGCUUCAACGUGCUGAUCGUCAACCUGGCGGUGGCGGACCUGCUGUACUGCACCGUCCUGCAGCCCAUCUCCGUGGACUCGUACCUGCACCUGCGGUGGCGCGCGGGCCCCAGCUGGUGCCGCGUGUUCGGCCUCCUGCUCUUCGUGUCCAACUCGGUGUCCAUCCUCACGCUGUGCCUGGUGGCGGUCAGCCGGUACCUGCUGGUCACGAACAGGGCCCUGUUCAACCGGGUCUUCUCGAACCCGGGUCUGGUGUCGCUGCUGGUGUCCACGUGGGCGCUGGGUCUGGCCAGCUUCGGCCCGCUCUGGCCCGUGUUCGUCUUCGUGCCUCAGGUGUGCACGUGCAGCUUCCACCGCACGCGGGGUCGGCCGUACUCCACCAUCCUGCUCUUCUUCUACUUCUUCGCGGGCUUGGGAUGCGUCGGGGUGUUUUAUCUGCUCAUCUACAGGCGCGUGCGCGUGGCGUCCCGCGCGCUGCUGCGCUACCGGCCGAGCAGGCGCUCCUCCCGGAGGAAACCCGCGGACGCGCCGCCGGGGACGGACGACAGCGGCGUGGAGAGCGACGCCCCGAGGACCUGCAGCUCUGACGUCAGCAGCAGCGGCCAGGUGGACACGCCCCCUAAAACACCUGAGCUCGUCAACGAGUCGGUGCCUGUACAUUCCUCCGCAGUCAUCGCGCCUGCGCAUGCGCCCGCAGCCCCACCCGCUGCGUCUACCGCCGCAGACGACGGCGAGUUCAAGCGGGUCACGCGCAUGUGCUUCACGGUGUUCCUGUGCUUCGUGUGCUGCUUCGUCCCCUUCAUCCUCCUGAACAUCGCCGACAAGAACAACCGCGCGCCGCAGGUGCUGCACAUGUUCUGCGCCAACCUCACCUGGCUGAACAGCUGCAUCAACCCGGUGCUGUACGCGCUCAUGAACCGGCAGUUCCGGCAGGCCUACCAGGUGCUGCUGGGGAGGGUGGCCACGCCCCUCACCUGCCUCUGGACCCGCUGACUUCAUGUUCCGCUUUAACAUUUUAAAGCAGGGGUCUCAAACUCAACUUUGUAUGGGGUUCCAUUUGUGCCAAAAAGAGGUUUCUUGCGUCCACUGUCUAUAACACGUGUCAAGGCCCGGGGGCCGGAUCCGGCCCACUUGGUAAUUAUAUCCGGCCCUCCAGAUCAUUUUAAAUUUAUUAUUUAUGUUGCUCACAUACUGAAGCAACACUAUAAUUAUGACAUAGUAGGAUAAAACAACUACGGGUUGACACCUGAACCCCGAUCAGCCCAGACAGGCAAAGGGAAUGGUGUCCCACAAUUCCUAGCACUGCCAGAUCUGACAGCACCCCCAAUGUGUCUGCAACCAUCACUGCACAAUUCAUUUGGAUUGUUGGCCCCGUGUGCGAUUGAGUUUGAGACCCCUGGUCUAUAUCUUUGGUCCAUCGUUUAUGUCUACUGAACAAGUUUAUUGAACAUUUGUUCAUGUCUAUGUACUACUAAGCAAUAUCUCCUGUGAAACGACAGGCGCUAACGACGCUAGCAACUGUUGCUAAGGACUUUUCUGACGACCAAAUCCAACGAUAAUAGCAAAUGCAAAGUUUUAAGCAUAAAACAAGCAGAAACUAUAAAGCUUUCAUCAAAGAAGCGCGGACAUGCAGAAGAUAUUGCUUAGGAGACAUUGAACUUUCAUAUAGGGGUGGGGGGGCGGGGCACAAAAUAUUGACUUGGGGGCCGCAAAUGGCCCCAGGGCCGCCAGUUUUAAAGCAUAAUUUUUACAUAAAUGCAAAAUGUAUUUUUAAGGAUUUCAAAGGAAGUUUUGGACUGAAAGUGCGCGGUUUACAUAAGUUAUACGUGUUAAAUUUUGUAUUUAAAGUUUUAUGAGUCAUGUUACAGUUGCAAUCUUUGGGUCUGCAGGAUUUUCCAGGCUGACUGAACAUUCUUCAUUUCAGAAACUUUCAAAGAGGUUGUGACAUUGCUGUGUUUCAUCUGCUCUGCUGACAGACCAUGACUAAUCAUGGAAGCACUUGAGGUUCUUUGGCUUGAAGCAAAUUAAACGUUAUGUGCUACAGAUGUGUGCAGACAUGUUGGAGAAGCGCUCGCCUGUUUAGUUUUGCAGCAUUGUUGUUGGCAGUAUUAGAGCCGUUCUAGAAGUGAUAUUGAUGUGUUAGAAAUAGAAAACAAGCUAUUGUUUCACUUUUGUAUUCUAUCAAAAUAAAUGGGAUUGUUGACAAAAAGAUUAAAUCUCAGCUUGAACAACAA